GUUAAAGGGAACGGUUCUCGGGCGAUACUGGUUAAUGAACUAAGCACACCUCCAUUGGGAUUUGACGACCGUUACGUCGUGCUGGAUGUGAUGGUUGUUGCUUUGAUUGUUGUACGUAGCCUAGCAUGUUUCCUUAGUUAACAGUGCGAUUUAACGACGAUUAAACAUCCAUGAAACCGACAGACUCGGAUGAAGAUGAAGCAGAGCACCCAAGCUCCAUGCAGAAGGAGCUGAGGCAGCGGGCCAACCAAAGCAUCCAGCAUCUGAGCAGUGCUCCGCUGCAGCUGGACCCUGAUGGAGAUGAGGUGGAGGAGGUCAGAGGUGGUGAUGAAGACCAUUAUACAACCAUGGCCGAAGAGGACAAGGCUGCAUGGAACCAAAAGUCACAGAGUGAAGCAGUUAAUCAGCUGAAGAGCCUUCUGCUGAAGCAGGGCAGAGAAAUUCCCAAACCUGUCUCCCCUUCCAAGAAACAGUCUCCAUCCAAGGAGGGGAUGUCCAGUUUACCUGCCUUUCAGGAUUUGGUUCCUGUAUUUCACAAGUCAGAAUACAUCCAACAUCUGGAAGCCGAGGUUAAAUUCUGUAAGGAGGAGCUGCAGGGAAUGAAACAGCGGAUCAGAGUAGUGGUGGUGGAAAAUGAGAAGUUACGUUCAGAACUGAAAGCCGAAGCUGUGGAUGAAUCCCUAAAAGAUUACACGAUCCGAAACUCCACGAUGAAUGAAGUCAUCGACAACAGCCACGUAGCCUCCAUUCGAGACCACAGUGUGCUACAGAAAGAAGAACACAACACAUGGAAAAAUGAGCUGGAAAAACUGAAGGUGAUCUACCAGGCCCAGAUGGAAAGCUUGGAGGCCCAGGUCAUCUCUCUCAGAAAGGAUCUGUCAGUCAGUCAGAAGGAGUGCGAGGAGGUGAAGCUUCGCCUGAGACACAGGGAGAAGCAGGCCGCAGAUGCACUGAAGGCUGAUGGAGCUCCUCGUGUGGCAGGAUUGUGCCUGAAGUGUGCACAGCACGAAGCUGUGUUGGCUGGGACUCACACAAACCUGCAUGUCCAGGCUAUUGACAGACUCACAAAAGAGCGUGAUGAGUUACUGGUGGCUCUGCGUGCUGUGAGGACCAGUCAGCAAGAGACACAACAGAGGGAGUGGUCAGCCUGUCUCCAGGUCAAACAGGCUGUGGAGAUGGCGGAGGAAGCAAACCUGCAGAAAGCUAGGGUGGAGGUGCAGUGCGAGCAGUUGUCCAGGGAGCUGGCUCGACAGAGAGAACAGCUCGACCGAGACGCACACGGUUUGCAGCAGAGACUGGCUGAGGCCAGAGAGGAGGGCCGAGCAGAGGCCCGCAAACAAAAAGAGGAGCUGACGAAUAUAGUGUCUGGCCUUUCCCAGCGUGUCGCUGAGUUGGAAGGACAGCUAGACAGAGCUCUCAGAGACAAGAGUUCACUGACCAGUCAGCUGGAGGACACUCUCCGCACACUUACCAGCCAGGAACAAGAAAACACAAAGGUAUGUGUGGAUCUGAGAUAUCAGCUCAGCCAGGCCGCGCUGAAGAAACAGGAGGCUGAACGAGAGCUCAGAGAGCUCAACGCCAAGACCAGCAGACAGAUGGAAAAGGCAGCACAGGAAGUGGAAAGGCUGAGCUCAGAGCUGGUUGGCUGUCGGCAGCAUCUGGAGGCGGUCCAAAAGGAUGGGAGCCAAUGGCAGGCCGAAGCCCUGAGCCUAGCAGAACAGCUGGCAAAUGCCCAGCGCCAACUGCACCUCACCAGACAGGACAGAGAGGGUGCAGACCGGGCUCACGAAGAGGAAAUGGCCUCGGUGACUCUUUCAGCUCGGGAAAGGGAGCGAGAGCUAACUGUGAUGCUGCAGCAAGCAGAAGCCGAACACCUGCAGAGAGUUGGAGAGUUGGAUGGUCUCCUGAGUUCCCAGAAUUCCCUCAUUGGGAGGCUGAAGGAGGAGUGCUGCAACCUGGGGACCAAACUGGAAGAGCUGGCUGAAAAAAGCAGAAGUGAGCUGGAACAGCUGGCAUUGGAGAAACAACACUUGGAGGAAACGGUGAAGAAUCUGAGAGCUCGCUGCUCGGAUAUAGAAGAACAGUGUGUCCAGCACGGUCGCAUGCACCAGCGCAUGAAGGACAGGCUGCAGCAGUUGGACCGUCACUGUCAGAGCAGCGCCCAGCAGGUGUGUGAGCUGCUGGCCAAACAGAACCAGCUGAUGCAGGAGAGAAACACACUGAGCGAGGAGAUGCAGAGCCUACGCAUCGAGCUGCCGAACAUGAGACUCUGUCCACAUGAGUCUGUCUCGCCGGUUUCCCUUCAUCGCUCCGUGGAUCACGAUGUUCUGUUCAGUCUACGCCAUCUCUGUGCCUUCGACAAGAGCGGCGACGACCUCGGCCGCGCAGCGACUCGGGAAAAUGCGGCCCACUCUGCCAAACAGCUGGAAGCUGUCCGCAAAUGUCUCAUGCAACUGUAA